CAAUUUUAAAACACACUCGAAAUCAUUGAAAUAUGGCAUCAUCGAAGAAUGCUUCGGAACGCCGCGCGCCAGCGGCCUUUUGCGGUGUAGACCUCACCAGAUGUCUUGAUGCCGCUUGUUUGGCGAUAUUUGUUUUGUUGCUCUCAUGCUGUUUUUUGUUCAUGUUUGGUGAGCUUUUGAGAAUGAUUGAUCGUACUCCCAUGUUUAAGGAGCCGUAUGUCAAGAACGCCUUGAACCGUUUGUUGCCAUUUAGGAAUGGAUUUGAUUUCAAUCUUACUCACGCACUUCUGUUUUCUAUUUGCUGUCUUCUUCUUGCUUUCAGGGCUGACUUCCCGGGUGAACACUCUUCAGCGGAUGAAUCUAAGGAUUCUAAGACUAAGUAAACUGAUAUAGCAACAGUAUGCAUUUAAUGUCA